GGUCGGCUCAUAGGGCUGCGGAAAUUCCCGCUGGCGCAUAAGCAAGGACGGUUUCUCUCAUCAGCUUAUCAAUUAGACUUCGACUGGUGGCCUGUCUUCUGCCGAUGUCUCACUUGCAUCUGACCAGAUGACUUCUGCGACGGACAGAGAUUGAAUCAGGGCCGACAUAAAUAUCCCUCCACGAGCGCCCCACGACUCUUUGCUUUUGGCCCUGCUCCAUUCCUCACCGAAAGCAUGGACAAAUUGGAGAUUGAAAGCCUGGCCGGCAAGGUCCAGCAAGCAGUUGCAUCCUACGAUCCCAGUGAUUCCUCUAGCUGGAUUCCGAUUCAGGAUGCCAUCGAGGAAUUGCGGCGGGCCACGGAACCCCCGCAUGUGUUUCUCAUGAAGCAGCGGUUUCACACAGUGCAGAAUAUCUGUCUCGUCGCUGCGGUGGAGAUGGGGCUAUUUCACAUUCUCUCCGCGGGGGCGGGUGAGAGCGUGACGGCAUCCGACCUCGCGAAAGAGUCCGGUUACGAUCAAACCCUAAUCGCCCGAAUCAUGCGCAUGAUGACUGCACUGGGGCUUGCCACCGAAGCCGGCUACCAGAGCUACCGCGCCAACGCGCGAACCAUUUGUCAAUCCGACCUGGGUUCUAUAGGUGGCUUGGUGAUUGCAAGCUCGAUGUUGUACCCCCUCGCCAGCCAUAUCCACCAGUACCUCAACCAGCAGAAGCCCUGCGCCACCGACGAGUCCCCCGCUCCCUACACCUUCGCCAUGCGAGAAACCCUCUGGGAGACCCUCUCCACAGACUUAGCCUGGAAACAAGCCUUUGAUAAUAACAUGACCACUCGGAACAAGAGCUUCUCGGUGCCGUGGCACAGCAAGUAUCCGGUGCGGGAGCGCCUCCCUCCCCCGUCUCCCAUCAACCCGGAGCAACCCCUAAAGCCAUUUACCAUUGUCGACAUUGGCGGCUCUCAGGGAGUGGAUCUGCAGCGGUUCGCGACGGCAUUUCCCGAGGUGCCCUGUGAGCUGAUACUUCAGGAUCUCCCAGAGACGGUGAACGGGAUCCCUUCGGGGCUCGACUCGAGAAUUCGACCGAUGGUAUAUGAUUUCUUUACGCCGCAGCCAGUCAAAGGAGCGGACCUCUACUACCUCAAAUCGAUCCUGCACGAUUGGAACGACGAAGCAGCCCAGAAGAUCCUGUCGACCACGGCGCAGGUGAUGGGUCCACACUCGCGGCUGUUGAUCAAUGAGAUAGUUCUCGCAGAGACCGGGGAGACGCUGGCGCGGGCGGAUAUGGACAUGUUGAUGUGGUUGCUCUGUAACGGGAUGGAGCGGACGAGGCGGCAGUGGGAGGAGUUACUGGGCCGGAUCGAGCCGCCCUUGCGAAUUGUGGCGGUGUGGCCCGGGGAAGGAGCCGAUCCGCAAUGCGUGAUUGAGAGUUGUUUGGUGGGGUCUGAAGCAUGAGUGAGGGGUCUGGCUGCAGGAAGUUUCAUUUACGUCCUGACCUACUUAGUAAAAUGAAGAUGAUAAAAUUUGCUUAGCAAAAAACAUACAACAGA